GCAUAGUUGGGCCUGCUAUAUGUGGCCCGAAGUGGGCAUUGGGCCUAAUCCCAACAAAUGGAUUUCAACUUCCUGUUCUCAAAUCUGAACGGUACAUUUGCAGCAGUCUUUGCAAUUUGCCUCUUCUCUUGCUUCCUGCUAAGAAGGUCCAGGAAAGCUUACAAGGGCCAAAAACUACCGGACGCUCCAGGUAGUUGGCCUUUAAUCGGUCAUCUCCAUCUAUUAACUGGACCUGAACUUCCCCACAUAAGAUUGGGAGCCUUAGCUGACAAGUAUGGUCCGAUAUUCAACAUCCAAAUUGGGAUACACCCGACUUUGGUGGUCAGCAGUUGGGAGGUGGCUAAGGAAAUAUUUACCGUCUAUAAUGCUACUGCGUCCUCCCGUCCCAAGCUUGCUGUCGGUAAGUACCUGGGCUAUAACUAUGUCCAAUUUGGUUUUGCCCCUUAUGGUGCAUACUGGCGUGAGACUCGCAAAAUUACAGCCUUAGAGCUCCUGUCAAACCGCAGGCUUGAGCUUCUUAGGCAUGUUAGAGCCUCUGAAGUAGAGGGCUCAAUAAAGGAGUUAUACAAACUCUGGAUCAAGAGAAGAAGCGAGGCAACUCAUGUUUUGGUGGAGAUGAAGCAGUGGUUUGGGGACUUGAACUUGAACGUGUUUCUCAGGAUGGUUGCUGGAAUAAGGUAUUCCGGUGCCAGAGAGGCUGCUGAUGAGAAAGAGGUAAGGCGAUGCAGGAAGGCGAUGAGGGAGUGGUUUCAUCUGGCGGGGUUGUUUGUAGUGAGGGAUGCCAUUCCCUUUCUUGGGUGGCUGGAUUUGGGGGGAUAUAGAGAAGGCCAUGAAGAGAAUUGCCGAAGAGCUAGAUGGUAUAGUGGAGAAGUGGUUGGAGGAGCAUCGCCACAGAAAGAAGGUAGAGAAAGGAGAUCAAGACUUCAUAGACGUCUUGCUCCAUGUCCUUGGGGGUAACAAUCUUUCUGGUUUUGAUGUUAAUACUGUCAUCAAAGCAACAGUUACCGUAAGUAUA